UUCAGGCCUUAGUUGUUUCUAUAAAAAAAUUAUGAAUAUCAAAGGUUAUGAAAGCUCCGAAGCUUUAAAUAUGCUACUACGCUACCAGGACAAUCCGUUUGCAAGGAAUUUUUGAAAAAGAAAAACUACUAUAAUUGGUGUCUUUUAUGGUUUUAAAUCCUUACGAUGAGGUGGCUUUAUUCCGGAAAAAAAAGAAGCUAAACGAACAUGGUUUGCCUAUGAAUAAUUUAAAUAACCCUCCUCCUAACUGGAACAUUCAGCCUAAUGCAAGAAAUAAUGAAGAUCAUGGAAGCAAAUGGAAUUAUGCUUUGUUGGUUCCAAUGCUGGGACUGGCUGCCUUCCGUUGGAUUUGGUCCAGAGAAUCUAAGAAAGAAAUAGAAAAAGAGAAAAAAAAUGUCUAUAAAAAAUUGUCUUUUGUACAGAAAGAGCUUGAAUCUAAAUAUCGCGAUAUAAUUGUAGAAAACCGUAGAAUGGUUGCCCACUUGGAAUUAGAAUUGGAGAAAGAACGGAACAGAACCCUAAGUUAUCGCAACGCACUCAUCUCUCAGAGUUACAAAUUGGUAGAAGAAAGAAGAAUUUUGGAACAAGAGCGCACAAAGGUAGAACAAGAGAAACGGAUUCUGCAGCACUCUGGUGCUGCAGGUGCUUUGUAUAAGAACUGCUUGGAGAAGGAAGAUCAUUGGCAAACAAAAGCCACUAUUUUACUAAAAGAGUUUGAAGAAGCUUUAAUGGAAAGACAGGAUAUGUAUUGCAGCCUUGUACUGCCAAGAUAUCAUCGGUUGGCAGUGGAAAAAAAAAUGCUAGGCAAAGCAACAACUGAUCCAAUUGGUUUGGAAUUAGAACUGGAAGCUGGGCUGAAAGAUAUUUUCAGAUACGAUACCUCUUGCAGCAAUUUAUUAAAUACCAAUAAAAAUCAAAAUGGAAAGCUCAUGUGGAUCUACCUUCGAUAUUGGGAAUUAUCUGUUGAAGUUAGAAAAUUUAAGAAGGCAGAAAAAAUAUUUUUGGGAAAAACUGCCUAAACCCUAGCUUGUAUUAUAUCAAUGUAGUCCUCUCCAGAUCUGUUAAACUUUAAUCCACAGAAUACUCUGCUGAUUUGUGAUAUCUAUAUAACUUUGUGAGAUAUAUAUCAGUAUCUUUAGUUAACUGUCAUAAGUAACAUUCAUCAUUUAAUAAUACCAGUCUUCCUUUGAUCAAAUAUAUAUUGGUUGUUACCAUACUAAUGUAUAGUAACUACAUUAUAUAUUUUGUAUUAGUGCUACUAUGUUCAAUAGGAUUUGUUUAAAAAUGGUAUUUCUACAAUAAUUUCUAUGCUUUCACGUUUUCAUUCCUCAGACCUCAAAUACAGGUAGUCCUUGGCAUACAACUAUAAUGAGCCGAGGUGGCGCAGCAGUUAGAGUGCAGUACUGCGGCCACUUUAGCUGACUGUGUUCAGCAGGUCAGCGGUUCAAAUCUCACCGGCUCA